AUGCAGUUUCAUUCGUAUCAUUUAGUUGAGCCUUCUCCAUGGCCUUUUGUUGGAGCAAUUGGCUCUUUUUUUAUUACUGUUGGUGCAGUGGUUUUUUUUCAUUAUGGGUUUAGUUUUUUUUUAUAUUUGGGGCUUUUGGUUGUUGUUGGAGUUAUGUUUGUUUGAUGACAAGAUGUUAUACGAGAAUCAACUUUUCAAGGUCACCAUUCUUUAAUUGUAAAACAAGGGAUUAAAUAUGGUAUGAUUUUAUUUAUUCUUUCAGAAAUUUUGUUUUUUUUUUCUUUUUUUUGGGCUUUUUUUCAUAGUAGUUUAGCACCGGUUGUUGAACUUGGAGUCGUUUGGCCUCCACAAGGAAUUGUUGCAUUAAAUCCCUUUUCUGUUCCUUUAUUAAAUACUGCUGUCUUAUUAAGUUCUGGGGCAACGGUUACAUGGGCGCAUCAUGCAAUACUUUGUGGUUUAAAAAAAGAGGCUCAAUUUGCUUUAUUUUUAACUCUUUUUUUGGGUGUUAUGUUUACGGGGUUGCAAGCAUUUGAAUAUUAUGAGGCGCCUUUUACUUUAUCUGACUCUGUUUAUGGGGCCACUUUUUUUGUUGCGACAGGGUUUCAUGGACUACAUGUUAUAAUUGGUACUACUUUUCUUUUUAUUUGUUUUUUACGUUUACUCUCUAAUCAAUUUACUCGUCGUCAACAUGUUGGGUUUGAGGCCGCGAGUUGAUACUGGCACUUUGUCGAUGUGGUUUGAUUAUUUUUAUAUUUAUGUAUUUAUUGAUGAGGCUCAUAA